CUUACUUGUUGAUCCUUCGAUUUUGAGCUCCCCAUAUCAACAUCUAUAUUUUCAGGUAAGUCCCGUGUCGAUUUAAGCUCUUUCCUAUCUUUUCGGACGAAAUUUGCUCGACAUUUGCACGUCAGUACGACUACUCUUGAAUGGCCAGAUGUCUUCGGACGCUGCAACCAGGCUUGAGUAUAGAGGCGUUUACUUCGCAUCAUCUGAUUUUCACAGUCUUCUGCACUCGUACAAUGCACGAGAAGAAGCUCGUGCUGACUUUUCCUCGUUAUAGGUAUUCUUUUCCGGCCAUGCAAGACUCGAUUAUAUCCGUUUCAUCUCCUAUGGGUCACAUUCUAUGUGGACUUUAAGGCGCCUCACCCUUUCUAAGUCUGUUCCUUUCAAUUCGAUAAUCGCUUUCAGUCCCCCGUCACAGCUUGGUUCAACCUUUCGUUAACCCGUGCUGAUGUCGGGGUUAUGGCCUUUAUGGUCCAAAGCGAAGAGUGAAGUCUUGACUGGGCAUGUCCUCGUUCGUUUUACUUCCACUGAAUGUGGGACUAAUCAGUCUUGUCGACACCUCUUGCUAUGUAUGCAUCUACUCUUAUUUCGUGCUCAAAUUACCUUCUAUUUAUUGUCAAAACGCGGGGAUGAUGCAACAACAAUUUGUCAGUUUGAAUGUACGACAGUACUCUAAAAGCAUGUUGUUUCAUCAUGGCAGGCCGAUCGGACAAAUAUCAUUCCCGUAUUUUUGCGACGUUUUUGCACGAAUGUUUUUUCAACACAGGCCUCUUUUUCUCGAUCAAAUCUUCGUUUGUGUCGCAUCAACACCACAUUUUUGUCCGUUCACUAUGCAUGAGCUGUUCUGACUUAUGUCUCAUAGCUUUUAACUGUAUAUUUACCCAUUUUGACUCCAACAGGGUUCAACACCAUCAGCAUCAAUCACUUUUUGCACUUCCGUCACCGCACGACCGCCCCAUAUGGCGGACCAAAAUGAUCUCGAAGAUCUCGACGACGUAUUGGAUGCUCAGGACUUAGAGGAACCAAAGCAUCAUUUGUUGCCAAGAGGAUAUAUGAGUUCCGAUGACAUCCGUAUGGUCACCCAAUACCUCGAGGUUUCAGUGCGAGGUAUCCAUGAGUUCCUACGCUUCCCCCUUGCCCCAUCUAUCGACCCAGCAGAAUUGGAAGAGCACCUGACCACUGUUGUCGAUCUUUGGCUCGAUAUUCGAGUCCUCAGAUACAUGGUUAUCCAGUCAACUUUCCAUGCCUGGGCUCUGCUUCUUCGCCGAUUGCACGAAUCCCUCAUACGCUUGCGCAUCGCAGUUCACGAGUAUGCAGAGAGAGAGACCGGUGAGAUUGUGGAGGAUCACAGUGUCUAUGUCUGGCGCAGUGUCGGUCAACCUCGCAAAGAACUGGAUGCGGAUCUUCUUGCCGAGGCUAUCGAAGGUGGGUGGAGGCGAUGGGAAAUGGCGGAGUUGUUUGAAGUAUCCGAGUCUACUAUGAGAGAGAGAAUCGCUUGAAGGAGAUGAAUGUCGAUCUUCGAAAGCGUUUUACUCCAAUCUCCAAUGAUGCGUUAUGCCAGCAGGCAAUCCAACGCAUUCGACAAGCCGGCACCGGAAAAGAGGGCGUCAUUGGUUGCCUUGCUGCCUUACAAGUCGAAGAAAACCCUAUUAUUGUCCCUCGGUGGCGUGUGCGAGAGUGUCUCCGCAUAAUCGAUCCCGCUGGUGCUUCUCAUCGCUUUCAAGAGAUGGUCAAUCGCCGCAAGUAUUUUGUCCCUCACAUCAACAGUCUGUGGCACAUAGAUGGGCACCAUAAACUGUCUGCUUAUCGGAUCGUCAUCAUUGGCAUUAUUGAUGGCAAGUCGCGCAUGUUAGUUGGUAUGAAGGCGAUGAACAACAACAGGGCAGAAUCAGUGUUGUGUGUAUUCCAGGAGGCUGUUACCAAGUAUGGUAUACCCAGUCGAAUGCGGGCUGAUUAUGGGACUGAGAUGCUUCGAGUCAAGGACGCAAUGGAAGAGCUUCGAGGCGUCAAUCGCGGGUCCUUCAUUCAGGGUAAUUCGACUCAUAACCAACGUAUUGAGAGGAUCUGGAGAGACCUUCAAAAUUGGUGCACCGGUCGGUACCCAUCCUUGUUUGAGCAGCUGGCUGAGCAAGGCUUUUUGGACCUCGGAAACCCUAUCCACCUUUGGUGCCUACAUUUUUGCUUCAUCCCUCAGAUCAACGCUGCCCUUGAGAGGUUCACUCGUCAGUGGAAUAAGCAUCGUUUGCGCACUGAAAGUGGUCGUACACCUGAGAUGAUAUGGAAGCGUGAGAAGUUGACCCUUAAAAUGCAAGGAGGAAUUGAUAUUGAUCAAAACCCUUUCGCCAUCCAGGAUGACAACGACGGUACUGUCCUCCAAGCUAGAGGGUAUGACUACACUGCCUAUGGCGUUGACGGUCAUCGCUGGGUAGCACCAAAUAUAAGGAGGGGAGACAUGUCUACUAAAGAUGUAAUGCCCCCCCUGGAAGGCUUUGAUCCUGUUAUCUCUGAUCAGCUCUCUGAUGCUUCUUUUCAGGCAUGGCUCAAUCAGAAAAUUGGCCCAGUAGACCUUACUAGGGACGAUAUGGGUGGGAAUAGAUUCAUUUCUUGUGUGAAUGAGACUAUGGGUUACCUUUCUUCUUACAUCCCUAAUUUCAAGGAACGCUUGUUCUAUUAUAUGUAAGGUAUACAGGGGAAGGUUUCCUAAUAUUGUGUUUAUUGUGUAGUAUGGUUCAUCCCAUUCUCUAGACUUGGAUUACUCUCCUACGUUUAUUUACAGUUCCAUUAGAACAACUCAGGCAUAGUGAACGGACAAAAAUGUGGUGUUGAUGCGAC